AUCUUGACCCCUUAAACCUCAAAAAAGUGUCGUUGGUUUUGUUCUGUUACUCUGCUUUUUGCUUCAUCUGUCAACAUGACUUGCACAUCAAACUUCUAACAACAACUCCAGUUUAGUUGUAUGUUUGGAUUGUGAGUGUUCAUUGUAAUGUAGCUAGGAUUGUAUUUUAAGUGGGAAGAAUGUGAAAAUAUGUUCCUUAAUAGUGUUCUCUCUCUGUUUCCUCAAGUAUAAGAUAGAAGAAGACAAGUAUGCUAGUAUGAUGAGUUGAUUUUGAUUUCUCAAUUUGGUUCGUCAGCCUAUUUUUUAUUACCCUAUGUGAUCAAUUCCAGUGUGCACACCACUUGUUUGAUGAAUUGUCUCUGUGGAGAUUUUUUUUUAGAUGGGAGGUUGUUUCUCUGUUUCAUUGCCAUGUGAUCAAGUAGUGAGUCAGUUCUCUCAGUUGUUAUGUGUCAGGGGAAGUUAUAUUCACAAUCUCUCCAAGAAUCUGGCUUCUCUGCAGAAGGCCAUGCGAAUGCUCAAGGCUCGGCAAUAUGAUGUGAUAAGAAGGUUGGAAACAGAAGAGUUUACAGGGCGUCAACAAAGGCUUUCCCAAGUUCAGGUAUGGCUUACUAGUGUCCUAAUCAUUCAAAACCAGUUUAAUGAUCUGCUUCGUAGUAAUGAAGUUGAGCUUCAAAGGUUGUGUCUUUGUGGUUUCUGCUCCAAAGAUUUGAAAUUGAGCUAUCGUUAUGGGAAAAGAGUUAUCAUGAUGUUGAAGGAAGUUGAGAGUCUCAGUUCUCAAGGAUUCUUUGAUGUGGUUUCUGAGGCAACUCCGUUUGCUGAUGUGGAUGAGAUCCCUUUUCAACCCACAAUUGUUGGUCAGGAGAUAAUGCUUGAAAAGGCAUGGAACCGUCUCAUGGAAGAUGGAUCCGGGAUUUUGGGUCUGUACGGUAUGGGGGGAGUAGGCAAAACGACACUACUCACGAAGAUCAACAAUAAGUUUUCUAAAAUAGAUGACAGAUUUGAUGUUGUGAUAUGGGUUGUUGUGUCUAGAAGUUCAACAGUCCGUAAGAUACAAAGAGACAUAGCAGAAAAGGUAGGCCUUGGGGGAAUGGAGUGGAGCGAGAAAAACGAUAACCAGAUAGCCGUUGACAUCCACAAUGUCCUUAGGAGACGAAAGUUUGUUUUAUUGUUGGAUGACAUAUGGGAGAAAGUGAAUUUAAAAGCGGUUGGAGUCCCGUAUCCAAGCAAAGAUAACGGAUGCAAGGUAGCAUUCACUACUCGUUCUCGAGAUGUGUGUGGGCGCAUGGGGGUUGAUGAUCCGAUGGAAGUUAGCUGUCUACAACCCGAAGAAUCUUGGGAUUUGUUUCAAAUGAAGGUUGGGAAAAAUACACUGGGAAGUCACCCAGACAUUCCCGGACUUGCUAGAAAAGUCGCUAGGAAAUGUCGUGGCCUACCAUUAGCACUCAAUGUUAUCGGUGAAGCUAUGGCAUGCAAAAGAACAGUACAUGAAUGGUGUCAUGCCAUUGACGUUUUAACAUCAUCUGCCAUAGAUUUUUCAGGUAUGGAAGAUGAAAUUCUCCAUGUUUUGAAGUAUAGCUAUGAUAAUUUAAAUGGGGAGCUGAUGAAAUCCUGCUUCCUCUAUUGCUCUCUGUUUCCUGAAGACUAUCUUAUUGAUAAAGAGGGGUUGGUAGACUACUGGAUAAGUGAGGGAUUCAUAAAUGAAAAAGAAGGCAGAGAGAGGAAUAUUAACCAAGGUUAUGAGAUAAUUGGUACCCUUGUCCGUGCAUGUUUGUUGUUGGAGGAAGAAAGGAACAAAUCAAACGUGAAAAUGCAUGAUGUGGUUCGUGAGAUGGCUCUAUGGAUAUCAUCCGAUCUUGGGAAGCAAAAGGAGAAAUGUAUUGUGCGAGCUGGUGUUGGGUUACGUGAAGUACCAAAAGUCAAGGAUUGGAACACUGUGAGAAAGAUUUCUUUGAUGAAUAAUGAGAUUGAAGAGAUAUUUGACAGUCACGAGUGUGCUGCACUUACAACUCUAUUUCUCCAAAAGAACGACGUGGUAAAGAUCUCGGCUGAAUUCUUUCGAUGUAUGCCUCAUCUGGUGGUUUUAGAUCUAUCAGAGAAUCAGAGUCUUAAUGAAUUACCAGAAGAAAUAUCAGAGCUGGCCUCUUUGAGAUAUUUCAACUUGUCAUAUACAUGUAUACAUCAACUACCCGUUGGUUUAUGGACAUUGAAAAAGCUAAUACAUCUGAAUCUCGAACACAUGAGCAGUCUUGGGAGUAUAUUAGGGAUAUCAAAUUUGUGGAAUUUGAGGACAUUGGGACUACGAGAUUCCAGACUGUUGCUAGAUAUGAGUUUAGUGAAGGAGCUGCAGCUCUUAGAACAUCUAGAAGUUAUAACCCUAGAUAUAUCAUCAAGUUUGGUUGCAGAGCCAUUGUUAUGCUCUCAAAGGUUGGUGGAAUGUAUAAAAGAGGUAGAUUUUAAGUACCUUAAGGAAGAAUCAGUGAGAGUAUUGACUUUGCCAACCAUGGGUAAUCUCCGCAAGCUCGGGAUAAAAAGAUGUGGAAUGAGGGAGAUAAAGAUAGAGAGGACAACUUCAUCAUCGUCUCGGAACAAAAGUCCCACAACUCCAUGCUUCUCAAACCUCUCCAGAGUCUUUAUAGCUAAAUGCCAUGGUCUUAAGGAUUUGACGUGGCUUUUGUUUGCUCCUAAUCUUACUUUUCUUGAAGUUGGGUUCUCAAAGGAAGUAGAGGAUAUAAUUAGUGAAGAGAAAGCUGAGGAGCAUUCAGCUACGAUUGUUCCUUUUAGGAAAUUGGAGACACUACACCUGUUUGAAUUACGCGGGCUCAAGAGAAUCUAUGCAAAGGCUCUGCAUUUUCCGUGUCUGAAAGUUAUCCACGUAGAAAAAUGUGAAAAGCUGAGAAAGCUUCCAUUGGAUUCUAAAAGUGGGAUCGCGGGUGAAGAACUUGUCAUAUAUUAUGGAGAGAGAGAAUGGAUAGAAAGGGUUGAAUGGGAGGACCAAGCAACUCAACUCCGUUUCUUACCUUCAUCCAGGUGGCGGUGGAGAGAAACAUAAUGAACUUCACUUUCUUCUACAAACUUUUGUUGUCAUGGUCUAAAGACAUUUGCCGGUGUGUAAAUCUCUUCCUUGUCUCUUCUUGUUUGCAUAACCGUUCUCAUCGUUCUUUUGGUUAGUGAUCAUUGGAUUUGUACUUAUCUCUUUCUCUAAACGAUGAGUGUUUGUUUCGGCUUCAUAGAAACAUUACACAGAGACUCAUGAGAAAAUGAAUAAAAACUUGCAAGUUCCUAA